UUAUUUAUCUUUUCUUAUCUUAUCUCAUUUUAUCUGCUUAUCUUAUCUUACCUUAUUUGGUCAGCAUGCGGCUAAUUACCCAAUCAACGGACGUAUCCGUACUAUCCCAUGCAUUUCGGAUAGAGCAUCAUCUUCAUCAGAAAGGUACUGGUGCCGAUCACCAUGGUGGAGCGGAGCUGCUUGUCCCCUCCGACCCCAAAGAACUUAGCGAUGAUUGGGGACCUUCAUCUUUUCCACAAAGUUAUCCACAAAGAUUAGCACGGGACUCGGCCUCCUUCAAUCAGGCGGGCAAGAUCAAUCUCGACAACGAUGCCAAAGAUGCUAAGACCAAAGAGGAGGAGGACGAAGAGCAGGAGAAGGAGGUGGGGCUCAUUCAAGAGGGAGGAGAGGAGGAGGGGUUGGACAGGAAGAAUGUGAUUUUCAAUCGCACAGCCAAAGCUUCAUCUGUUCCCUCGUCUUCAUCACAUCUUAACGGUCAAGAUUGGAGAUUGCAAAACUGGAGUCAUCUUAUGCCGUCGAUCAAGGAGCACUGUGUCAAAGCUCUAGGCAUUGCUAGCGAUGGUCUUCAGUUUUACUGGCUGCAACCUAUAAUUGAUGAUGAUCCGACGGUCGGGAUCCCAUCUUAUCCGACAUCAUCAUUGUCAUCGUCACAACUACCAGCAGCAUUAUCCAGUGAGAAGCAACGAGAUCAAAUACAAAUCCGUAAGUCGCUUUCAACAAGCUCAAGUUCCCCCAACCCAACGACAUGUCAGUUAACUGCAACUAGCAGCCAAACUCAAGUUCAGGUUCAAGUUCAAGCUCAAGCUCAAGUUGAAUAUCAGAACGGGCAGACCAGCAGCUCUUCCAUGAUCAGCACCUGCUCUCCCAAUUCUUCUCUCUCCAGCAUGCCAGGAACGACCCACAUUGGCGUGGUUGUGAAGAACUCGGACCUUAGCCUGCAGGCCAUAGAGGAGGUUCUGACUCAGAAAGCGCAGUUGGAGAGAGAGUGGAGGAGGUGGGAGGAAGAGACCGCGAGCUUGAGAGCCGACGCAGAGAGAAAGGGAGACGAAGCUCGUCUAUGGCGUGCUAAGUCCGAGACCCUGGAACAGGAACUCGUGCUAUUGAGGCACAAGCUAGAAGUAGCAGAUUGGCUAAGGAAACUAAGUGAAAGGUCUGCGGAGCAGUUGCUGUACGAUUUCCAGUUGUUUACGAAGGAGGUCAUGCCCUCUGAGGAGGAGGAGGAGGAAGAGGAGAAGGAGGACGAGGAACUGCCUGGCAUUGGCAUUCGAACUACUGCUCGUGCUCCUCUCCCUGCUCUUGCUGCUCGUGCUCCUCCUCUUCCUUCUCCCACUCCUUCUCCACCUCCUCCUCCUUCUCUUCGUCGGGAAGGUCGAGAGAAUACUUUCGAUAUGGCUCAAACAAAUAAAUGCAAAGGUAAAGACAACGAUAAAUUUAAGGAUAAGGAUAAGGAGAAAUGGGGAUCAUGAUGAUGCUUUUACCCCGAAAAAAUCCAACAAGCCAGCCAGUGCCGGUGCCAUGCUAAGCCUUCACAUCGA